UGGAAGUGAAAAACCGAUCAAUAUAACACCCUCGGAGAACUGUUAUUGUGCAAUACUGACAGUCACAUCUCACGAACAUCAUCUAGAAAUACGCAGAAAAUUCGUAACUGCAGAUAUGCCAUUCCUCCCCAAUGAAAUAGAAGGAAGUCCAAUGAACGGAGUGAUUAUCCCAUACGAUUUAAGUUCAUCCUCGUACAAGAGAUUUUCUUUCUGGCGAGCCGACGAUUUUGAAUGGAUAGAAAAAAAUCUAUUACAUGACCCGAAAUCCAGUGAAGAUCCAGUGAAGUUGGUCAUUGUGAUUAGUAACAAUCUGAAAUAUACUGAUGAAGGUGCUAACAAUAAAGCACUGAAUACAGCUAAAAAAAUUCGAAAUGAAAAUGUUAGCGCGCCAAUUUGCAUUGUUGAUCAGCCGGAUAAUCGAAAAGAAUACAUCAAUGCGAUAGGGAUGCCCGAAGUGUUAGUGUUUUACGGAUCUGACGUAAAAGUAUCGACCAUUCUCGUGAAGAAAAAGGAUAACAGCAGAAGUUUGAAAACAAGGUUUAAGAAAUGGAAGAAGAAAUUGCUUUUCCUUAACAGUCAUCAAGUAAUAGCCUUUCAUUUUACUGUGGUCAAUGAAACUGAACCGGAGGAUAGCGAAGAAAUAUUCAGUAAUACAUUCCCAGACAUUCCGCUGAGUACGUUACGUUUACUCGAUAAAUCAUCGUUGACUGGAGUUAACUAUAAAGAUAAAACGACAUUAAUGAAAUCUCGCUUCCGUGCCGGUCCUGUAUAUGCCAUUGUUGGUUUUCGAAAAUUUGGUGGAGAAAAUCCAGUUACGGAAGAUCUCUCCGAGAAAUAUGAUUAAUUUCUAUUAUUCAUUGACUAUUUCAUAGACACAGUUCAGAUGAAUCUCGAUAAGUAACUCAAUUGUUUUGUCAGCAGUUAGAGCCAUAAAGAUAUUUUUAUGAAGAUGUGAUAAAUAUCUGGCAAUAUAUAAAAACG